AGCUAUUUGGGUUUGUUGGAAGGAACGCGAGUCACCGAACCGAGCCGAAUAUUAAAACUCACGCAUUUUUAAAUUUUCUUGGUUUUUUUAAAAAAAAAUCCUUGGAAUCGCUCCCUCCGGCUGCUUCCUUCUUCUCUGCUCCUCUUACCGUCUUCCUCCAAUACAAACCCCAAAAAAACCUUCUUUUCUCUUCGUAGAUGCCAUGGAACUCGAGGCCGAGGACGGCACGAGAAUCCCUAUGGAGAGGUGUUCGAAGACGGAGGUUGGAAGAGGACCGGAGUUAGGGUUUGGGCCCUCCGCCGCGGACCGGACCGUCUCCCGCCACCACCUCUCCUUGCACCUCCUGGGGCCCGCCGGCGACGACGCGGGGUGCGACGACUCCGGUGGGGAUUUCAGGGUCUCUUUCGAAGUAACCGGGAAGAACCCCAUCUUGGUCUGUCGCAGCGGCAGCGGGGACAAAAGGGUUUACCGGAACUCAGAGAAGGGCGAGCUCCGAGCUGGGGAUCGGUUCUCCUUAUCCCUAAAGAACCCUUCUUUCUUCGUUCUUAGGAGGAGAGAACGAGAGGGGGAGGCGGUGGAGGUGGAGAAGAGGGUCUUGGAUGCGGUGGAGAGGAGGGAGAGGAGGACUGUAGAGAGGAGAAUGGAGAAGGAGAGGAGGGCGAGGGCGGAGGCACCUGGAGGGGAAGGACAUGAAGAAGACAGCGACGGAGGACUGGAAGUAGUGCUGGGCUCCUUGGACGUUUCCCAGAUCGACCCCGUGAGAGAGUUUGGAUUCUUGGUGAGAGGUCAUGAAUUUGAUAAUUACCCGAAGCAAAAGAUUCGUCCCAUUGGAGAUUGGAAUUGGUUCCUCGAGGAUCCAGGAGGGGAUAGUGAUGAUGAUGAACUUACCAAUGAAGCAACUAGCCCAAGGGGGAAGGUUAGGAGGAGAAAGAAGAAGGGAGGCAGAGGCAGCGACGAUGAAAAUUGGAGUGGGGAAAGUGAGGAAGAGAAGGUAUUGGUUGCAAAAUUUGGAAGUUCUAAGAGACCCAGCUACUCUACCAGAUCUAAAGAUGCCAAAAAAAGGCGCAGUGAUGCUUCAGGUGGUAGGCAUCCUGCAAUGCCGAAAGGUGUCAAAGCUCAAAAAGAUGAAGAUAUUGAAGAGGAUGAAGAAGAUGAGACUUUAGGAGGUUUUAUUGUUGAUGACGAGGAGGAGGAAGGAGAGGAGGAGGAAGAAGAAGAAGAAGAAGCACUGGAGGAAGAUUUGGAGGAAGAUGAAGAAGAAGAAGAGUAGGAUAAUGACUGACCAACAUUUGUUGCCUUUGGAUCUAUGCUGUGAAAUUGGACAUGAACCACAUGAUCGAAUUUGUUGGCUUUAGUGGAAGAACCAGAUUCCCACUACACAUGCUGCUUUUAGUUUUGGAAUGUAAGAAUAUGUGCCAGUGUGUGAGUUCUGGUUAUUUAUUUUACAUCUGACCUCAAAAGUAUAGGCCUUGGUGGAACAUAAUUCUUUGGAUUCAGGUGCUUUCAUUACUUUGGGAGCACAGAUCUGCAGUUCUAAGCUGCAAAAGAUGUGAAGGAAAUGGUGGAUAUCUACGACAGCGCCAGGACAAUGGAGCAUUUUAGGAGCAAAUUAGGUGUACCAGUAGUGAACAACAAAUGCACUCAGGUGGAUGUUGAUAUUUAUGUAACCUCUUUUGUAUUUUGUAUUCACUGGCAUGCUUGCAUUGUUUUAUCCACACAAAUAAGCUAAUAUGUCAAGAUAUAGAUGCAAAUCAACAAUCAUAUUUUGCAACUCUUCGAACUUCACAUAUAGAAGCUCUGUUUGUUUUCCAGC